AGAUACAAGAAGUGGCGAUUGGAUCAAAUUGAGGAGGGCCUAGCCUUUUGUCAUCCCUGCUGGCCGGGUGAACUGGAGUUUGUGGAAAACGAGAGAAAUGUAAUGAAUGCAUACCGCUCACAGUACGCCACGGAUACCUGACCUCCCUACAUACUUGAGGGAAAUGGAUUCGCUUCUUUCCGUUAG